AUGAAGUUCCAAUGGACACAUGGUCUCCUCCUGGGGGCAGUGGCUGUCGAAGCCUUCAAACCCGCUGAAUUUUCUUAUGAAUCCUCCGAAGCGCAGCGCGUUGAGAUUGCCAAAUCAAUGUCUGGCCGGAUUAAAUACCAGUCUCCUCCUCCCGACUCAGACCUUAUCCCCAAAACCAACGCAAAGAACUCCAGUGAGAACUGGAAGGUCCAGUGCUCCAGCCAGUACGAAGGCAAUGAGUGCGAAUUUGCCAUUGACGACCGGAGCGAAAGAUACUGGCUUAGCGACCCUUCGAAAGAAGGGAACGCUCCCUGGAUCGUCGUCGAUCUGCGCAAAGAGUACUAUGUUUCCGGUCUGACAAUGCUGCCUCGUCUGGACAAGAGUGUUGAGCGUGGCCAGAUUGGUGAACACCGUAUCUCACUCUCGCAGGACGGCGAAAACUGGGCCGAAGUCGCAUACGGUACCUGGGGGUCGAACAAGAGUCCGAAAAUGUCGGCCUUUAUCCCCAAGCCUGCUCGUUUUAUUAAGCUCAUUGCUGAGACUGAAUCCUGUUCCAACCGGUCUCAGAUCAAGAAUGGGCCGAUCUCUAUCGUCAACCUUGCCGUUUACUCCUACAACGAAGGCACUUUCCCCAAGCACGAGCCCAGCAAGGGCGUUUGGGGUCCCACAAUCAAUCUACCAAUUGUUCCCGUGUCCGCUGCGGUCGAACAACAUGGUGACAUUAUCAUGUGGUCGGCCUGGGCUGAUGACCAGUUCUUCGCCUCCCCCGGUGGCAAGACCCUGACGACCACCAUGAACCGCGACGGCAUCAUCACGCAGAGUCAGGUCUUUGAAACCAAGCACGACAUGUUCUGCCCGGGUACCUCCAUGGACAUCGACGGAAACAUUGUCGUCAGUGGUGGUGCUGACUCUGGUCGCACCAGUGUGUACAAUGGCACGGCGUGGGUGAAAGGCCCCAGCAUGGCGAUUCCUCGUGGCUAUCACGCUUCGACAACCCUCUCUGACGGUCGCAUUUUUACAAUCGGAGGGUCCUGGAGCGGCGGAGACAAGAUCGAAAAGAACGGCGAGGUCUACGUUCCUGGGGAGAAUGCAAGGUGGGAACGACGUCCCGGCGCCAAGGUCGAACCGAUGAUGACCGACGACCGUCUGGGGGCAUGGCGGGCCGAUAACCACGGCUGGCUGUUUGGCUGGAAGGAUAGGAGUGUCUUCCAGGCAGGUCCCAGUAAGAUGAUGCAUUGGUUCAAUGUCGAUGCCAAAGAUUACAAGGGCAGAAUCAAGGGUUCCGUGGAAGAGGCGGGAAGUCGCAAAGACGACCAUGACUCCAUGUCUGGGAGCGCCGUUAUGUAUGAUGCCACCAAGGGCAAGAUCCUCACAUUCGGUGGCCAGCGUCACUACGACGGCUCCUACGGUUCCAAGAAUGCCCAUGUCAUCACUCUGGGAAAUCCCUAUCAAGCACCCAAGGUCGAGGUGGCCGGCAAAGGCCCUGAUGGGACAGGUGAAGGCGGAAUGAACUUCCAGCGUGUUUUCCACACCUCGGUGGUCCUUCCAGAUGGCAAGGUCUUUAUUGCUGGUGGUCAGACCUGGGGUAAGCCUUUCCACGAGGGAGACAUCAAUUUCACCCCGGAAAUCUAUGAUCCCGAGACAGACACAUUCUUGAAGCUGAGCCGCAACAACAUCAAGCGAGUCUACCACAGUAUCUCCAUGCUGCUGCCAGAUGCUACAGUUCUCAACGGUGGCGGUGGUCUCUGCGGUAACUGCUCGGCUAACCACUAUGACGCUGAGAUCUUCACUCCACCAUACCUCUUCACCGCCGACGGCCAGAGAGCCACCCGUCCGGAGAUCAUCAAUGUCAUAAACGGAGGUGCGAGAGUCACCAUCGGCCAGGUAUUGAGAUUCCAGACAGACUCGGAGAUCAAUUCUGCAUCCUUGGUCCGUGUCGGAACUACCACCCACACCGUCAACACCGACCAGCGUCGUAUUCCCCUCAACCUCAAGCCGUUGCCUCAGAAUAAGUACGCCGCUCGGCUCCCUGACGACGCUGGCAUUAUCCUUCCAGGAUGGUAUAUGCUGUUUGCCAUGAAUGGCGCGGGCACUCCCAGUGAGGCUAAAAUGAUCAAGGUGGAACUUCCGUCGGGUUCUUCGUACGAGCCCAAGAAGUACGACGAACAGGACGGGGCUCCGGCGUCUGGCUAUCCCGGACUGGCUCACGACUGCGAUGACGAUGAAGAGGUCCAGGGGAUAAUAUCCUUUAUCUUCACUUCGUCCAGCUACUUUUGGAAGUCUUGGAAGUCAGCCUUGGUCACCCAGGCUUAA